AUGUUAUCAAAGAACUUGUUCAACACUGCCAGCAUGCUCGGCAUGCGAUCUUUCAGAUCUUCAUCUGUCGCCUUGGCCGCAGAGACAAAGAAGAAGUUCGAGCGUAACAAGCCCCACGUCAAUGUGGGUACGAUCGGUCACGUCGAUCACGGCAAGACUACGCUCACUGCCGCCAUCACCAAGGUGCUCUCCGACAGAGGCCUGGCCAACUUCAAGUCAUACGCUCAGAUCGACAAGUCGCCAGAGGAGCGUAAUCGUGGUAUCACCAUCACAGCGUCUCACAUCGAGUACGAGUCGGCCAACCGUCAUUAUGCACACAUCGAUUGCCCAGGCCAUCAGCAUUACAUCAAGAACAUGAUUACUGGUGCUGCACAGAUGGACGGUGCCAUCCUGGUCGUGUCCGCCCCCGAUGGACCCCAGGAGCAGACACGUGAGCACGUUAUCUUGUCGCGUGAGGUCGGCAUCCCCUCGAUCGUCGUCUUCUUGAACAAGAUGGACAAUGCUGACCCAGAUCUCGUCGAGAUCGUCGAGAUGGAGGUCAGAGAGCUGCUUGGCAAGUACGGCUUCGAUGCCGACAACACCCCAUUCGUCAAGGGUGCCGCCGCCGUCGCCCUCGCUGAGGACCCCAGCGCACCAACCGAGUACGGUCGUCUGGCCAUCGACCAGUUGGUCGAGGUGCUCGACACCAAGGUGCCACUGCCCCAUCGUGCCGUCGACAAGCCCUUCCUGAUGCCAGUCGAGGAGGUGUUCUCCAUCUCUGGUCGUGGUACCGUCGCCACCGGUCGUAUCGACCAGGGUGUCGUCAAGGUCGGUGAUGAGGUUGCCAUCGUUGGUCUCAAGCCACAUCCAAAGGUUGCAGUCACAGGUCUCGAGAUGUUCGGAAAGAUAUUGGACUUUGCUCAGGCCGGCGAGAACGUCGGAGUCUUGCUCAGAGGUUUGAAGCGUGAGGACGUCCUCAGAGGAGAGGUCGUUGCCAAGCCAGGCACCAUGAAGGCAUAUACUAAAUUCGUUGCCAAGACUUACAUCCUUACCGACGUCGAGGGUGGAAGAAAGAAGGGUUUCGCCACCAACUACAAGCCACAGUUCUUCAUUCGUACUUCCAACGUUACUGGACGUAUUGAGUUGCCACCAAACACUCCAAUGGCUAUGCCAGGAGACAACCUCGAGCUGACGGUCGAGCUCAUUUCCCCAACCCCAUUGAACGAGGGUCUUCGUUUCGCCAUCAGAGAGGGACAGUUGACUGUUGGUGCUGGUAUCAUCCACAAGGUCUUGAACUAA